CAAGCAGCAGGCGUCUUUUAUCUCCGGCUUCAGCUUGUGAUCUGUGUGUCAGUCUCUCUGUGGAGAAGGGGAGGAGGAUCCUUUUGCUCCCUCUCCUCCUCGUAGAACGCCUUCUUUAGCAGACUCCAGCCGGAGUUGGGUAAGCGGGAGGGGUUCCUGACUGUACUAAAAAUGUCAUUAAAAAAAUAAAAGCAGGCACCUGAUUGAAGAAAGGAGUUGUCCUCGGAUUUCUUGCUUUGAAACUGCACAACUGACUCUCUGGAGGUGCUGUGUGAACUGGGAAGGAGCAGAAAUGAAGUUCAGGGCGGCGGGAGCAGGGAGUGACGGUGUGCGAUUGACAAUGGAGAGUGCUCUGACAGCCCGUGACCGUGUGGGGGUUCAGGAUUUCGUCCUGCUAGAGAACUUUACUAGCGAAGCCGCCUUUAUUGAAAACCUGCGCAAGCGAUUCAAGGAGAAUCUCAUCUAUACUUACAUUGGCUCAGUUCUGGUGUCAGUAAAUCCGUACAAGGACCUGGAAAUCUACAGCAAGCAACACAUGGAGCGAUACCGAGGCGUCAGUUUCUAUGAAGUCUCUCCUCACCUCUACGCUAUUGCUGACAACUCCUAUCGUUCCCUGCGCAUGGAGAGGAAGGACCAGUGCAUCCUGAUAUCUGGGGAGAGUGGGGCUGGAAAAACUGAAGCCACCAAAAAAAUCCUGCAGUAUUAUGCAGUGACAUGUCCAGCCAGCGACCAAGUUGAAACAGUGAAAGAUCGCCUCCUGCAGUCCAACCCAGUCUUAGAGGCAUUUGGAAAUGCCAAAACCCUUCGGAAUGAUAACUCCAGCCGAUUUGGGAAAUACAUGGAUGUGCAGUUUGAUUACAAGGGGGCACCUGUGGGGGGUCACAUCCUGAACUACCUCCUGGAGAAGUCUCGGGUUGUUCAUCAGAAUCACGGAGAGAGGAACUUUCACAUCUUCUACCAGCUGUUGGAGGGAGGGGAAGAUGACCUGCUGCGGCGUCUGGGCCUGGAGAAGAAUCCUCAGCAGUACCAUUAUCUAGUCAAGGGUCAGUGUGCAAGGGUCAGCUCCAUCAGUGACAAGAACGACUGGAAGGUUGUGCGAAGGGCCCUGUCUGUCAUUAACUUCAGUGACAACGAGGUAGAGGAUUUGCUGAGUAUUGUCGCUAGCGUGCUGCACCUGGGGAACGUGCAGUUUGCUGCCGAGGAGCAGGGCAGCGCCCAGGUGACCACAGAGAACCAGAUUAAGUAUCUGGCCAGGCUCCUGGGCGUUGAGGGCUCUGUGCUCCGAGAAGCGUUGAUCCACAAGACGAUCAUAGCAAAAGGGGAAGAGUUGGUCAGCCCUCUGAAUCUGGAGCAAGCAGCCUAUGCGCGGGACGCUCUAGCCAAGGCGAUCUACGGGCGCACCUUCUCCUGGCUCGUGAAUAAGAUUAACAAGUCUCUGGCGUUCAAGGAGGCAGAAUGCCCAGGCUGGAGAAGUGCAACCGUCCUAGGGCUGCUUGACAUUUAUGGAUUCGAGGUUUUCCAGCACAACAGCUUUGAGCAGUUUUGUAUUAAUUAUUGCAAUGAAAAACUGCAGCAGCUCUUCAUAGAACUCACCCUAAAAUCAGAGCAAGAGGAGUAUGAGUCGGAAGGCAUCGCGUGGGAACCUGUCCAGUAUUUCAAUAACAAAAUCAUUUGUGAUCUGGUGGAAGAGAAGUUCAAAGGCAUCAUUUCUAUUUUGGAUGAGGAGUGUCUGAGACCCGGGGAUGCCACAGACAUGACAUUUUUGGAGAAGCUGGAGGAAACGGUGAAGAAUCAUCCUCAUUUUGUCACACACAAGCUGGCUGACCAGAAGACUCGGAAGUCUCUAGGCCGAGAGGAGUUUCGUCUCUUGCACUAUGCUGGGGAGGUCACCUACAGUGUCACAGGUUUUCUGGAUAAAAACAACGACCUUCUAUUCCGGAACCUGAAGGAGACCAUGUGCAACUCGGAGAAUCCCAUCAUAAACCAUUGUUUUGAGAGGAGUGAGUUGACAGAUAAAAAGAGACCUGAAACGGCAGCAACUCAAUUUAAGAAUAGUCUGGCCAAAUUAAUGGAAAUUCUGAUGUCCAAGGAACCAUCGUACAUUCGCUGCAUUAAACCGAACGAUGCUAAACAAGCUGGUCGCUUCGAUGAAGUUCUAAUCCGACAUCAAGUGAAAUACUUGGGGCUGAUGGAAAACCUCAGAGUGCGCAGAGCUGGUUUUGCUUAUCGGCGGAAAUACGAAAUUUUCCUGCAGCGGUACAAAUCGCUCUGCUCAGACACGUGGCCCAUGUGGGACGGGCGCCCCCAUGACGGAGUAGCCGUGCUUGUGAAACAUCUAGGCUACAAACAGGAAGAAUAUAAGAUGGGCCGAACAAAGAUUUUUAUUCGUUUUCCCAAGACGUUGUUUGCAACGGAAGAUGCUUUGGAGGUGCGCAAGCAGAGCCUGGCCACAAAAAUCCAGGCCUCCUGGAGAGGCUUCCAUCGGCGACAGCAAUUCCUGCACAUGAAACGUUCAGCGAUAACCAUCCAGUCGUGGUGGCGUGGAACCCAGGGGCGCCGAAAAGCUGCCAAGAAAAAGUGGGCAGUGGAGACAAUUAGACGGUUUAUUAAAGGUUUCAUUUACCGGAACUACCCUCGCUGCUCCGAGAAUGAAUACUUCCUAGACUACAUUCGCUACUCCUUCCUGAUGAACCUGAAACGCAAUUUACCAAAGAAUGUUUUGGACAAAUCGUGGCCAACCCCCCCUCCGUCACUCUGUGAGGUGUCUGAGCUCUUGAGGCAUCUGUGCAUGCAGAACAUGGUGUGGAGCUACUGCAAGCGAAUCAGCCCCGAGUGGAAACAGCAGUUGGAUCAGAAAGUGGUUGCCAGUGAGAUCUUUAAGGAUAAAAAAGACAAUUAUCCUCAGAGUGUUCCCAGGCUGUUCAUCAACACCCGACUUGGCACUGAGGAGAUAAAUCCUAAAGUCCUUCAGGUUUUAGGAAAUGAAACUAUCAAGUACGCUGUUCCUGUGACCAAGUAUGACCGGAAAGGGUACAAGGCUAGACUGCGGCAGCUGCUUCUUACCCAGAAUAGCAUCUUCAUAGUUGAAGAAGCCAAGAUCAAACAACGAAUUGACUAUGCCAAUCUGACAGGAAUCUCUGUCAGCAGCUUGAGUGACAGUUUGUUUGUGCUCCACGUGCGUUGUGAGGAUAACAAACAGAAGGGAGACGUUGUCCUACAGAGCGAUCACGUCAUUGAGACGCUAACCAAAACCGCCAUGAGUGCCGACAAGGUCAACAACAUCAACAUCAGUCAGGGCAGGAUGAAGGUCCCCCAGUGUCGUCCCCGACUUUUGUCCUAGAUCAGCGCCUGCAUCCAACGCAGGCACAGGCCACACCUCCGGCUCGUUCCUGGAGAACGCAGCAUCAGCAGCCGCUUUCCUGGUGCAUGUUCCAAUCCAAGACCUGGUUGCCUGUUCAUAAUUUCCCAGCUCACUGUGCCUCACUCAGCUAGCCUGAGAGGAUGCUGGCUUUGGCAAAGCAGCGUUACAGUCUCCACAUCCAUCAACUCCUGCCUCCUCCAGCAGUGCUGCUUGUGAGUUACGGGACAUGGAAUGGGCAUGAGCAAGCAGGCAAGGAAAAACCAGCCACCGACUUCUCCUAACAGCUGCUCACGUCCAUUCUCGCCGUCCCCUGGUCAGAGGCCCAGUUCUGAGUUGCACUGGGAGGGGAGGGGCAGCUGCCAGCACUGCCCCUGAAACCGGCACAUCCGUGCGAGACUCCAGACGCUGCCUGUGCCAGCCCUGUGCACCCCAUUGGGGGCAAAACCUUCUGGCACGUGCACGUGGCACACGCACCCUGGCAUGGAAUGAGGAGCUACAGCGAGGCGGUGCCAUUAGGGACAGGGACAGACGGGCACUUCCCGUAACAGCCAAGAUUCACGUUUUCACGAACCCGGUGGGACUUAGCUAAGAGGCUGCUUACAGCCCACGUGCAGA